AUGGGGAGCCUGGAGCGAUUCGGAGUGGCGGGUUCUUCGCUCAAGUCUGAGGUCGAUUCCAUGGAUGGGCCGGAAAGGGAUGCUGUAAGUGAUCAGAAAAUUCAUAAUCACAAAUUUGUGAUUCUUUGUCUCCAAAUUGUUCACCUUUUUGUAUCAUACUUUUCGAAAUUUUAGGCUGAAUUCAUGGCGGAGUUGCGCGAUGAAAAUCCUGAGACCUAUAAUAUGUGGCUGAAGAUUGUUUCUCGCGAUGAGUUUCAUGAGAAAUUUAGGAGGUCCUUUAUCUCAGCGUUAUGCAAAUUUUGCAUCAAUCGGAAGUAAGUUCCCCUAGCACCGCAUAAAAGUCAUCUUAUGUUAGGCAAAUGGAGCUGGCGAGAUAUCGAAGGGAUUUUGUUGCGUGUGUUUUGUCAUAUACCAAAGCAGAUAUUGGUGUGGUAAGAAUCUUCCACUUGAUAUCCGUAUACUUAUUCGAACGUUUUUAGAAUCUUUUUUGCGACAAAAAUGGCGGUGGCUACCUAAACAACAGUCUAAAAUCUCGUCGUGCCUAUAGAAAACGGCUGAUGGAGUCUUCUUGGCAACAACACACCCCGAAUCUCCUCAACGAAGCCUCUUUUAACACCCUUCUCAAGUCCUUUCAACAGUCUUCAACACCUUCUUUGGAGCUUCAGAAGUUCCAGGCGGAUAUCUCAUUGUUAAAUCAGUCAAAUCCCUCGGCAAAUCAAGGUCAGCUGGAGAAUUCGCUGAAAGGUAAGGCUGGGGAACUGUCAGAAAACCUGUAUCCGUCGGAAGAAUACGAUUAUAUCUUGGUGUCACUUCCUGCGAUCGAUCGAAUCCCUCAAACAUCUGAUUGCAUGAUCUUCUCCAUCUUUUCUUUUUUUUACUUUUUCGAUCCUUUUUCGGUGUUUCCAGUUCAAAACCCGAUUUUACGUAAUAGUAGAAAAAAGAAUCUAGAAGAUGCGAUGACAAUUACCGCGGCGUUAAGAGAACCAAAAAAAGGUUUCGUUUUUUGGGAAAUCAGGAAAUCAGAAACAAUGGGAGACAAAUAUGGAGGGGUAAUAUAAUGUAAUAUAAGGGAGAAAGGAAUGAGUAACGGGGAUGGUAAUCUUCGACGACAUUGUCAUCAAUUUUUGUUUUCUUUUUCUCAAGUUAUCGCAUAAAGAAAGGAAGAAAAACAGUCUCUAAUUGAGAAUUAACAUAUUUUAGAAGACAAAUCCUCCCUCUUCAAUAACCCCGAUUUCCUGGCCUCGAUCAAUGUCUUUGUCAGAUAUCGACGACUCUCUCCGGAAUGGCGGGAUCUGGAGGUAAAGCAAACAAAAUUCAAUCUCCACGCAUUCUCCACUGCUCAAACACUACUAGUCGUCUUGGUAGACAAGUACCAACUCAACAAUCAUGAUGAUGACUUUGUUCUCAGGAUCUUUGACAGAGAAUUCAAUGAGUAUAUUGACAUUGAAGAGGAUCUCCAUCAAGUAAAACUGAUUAAUCUGGGAAAGUACGAACUGAUACAUCGAUUGAAGAGAGAUGAUGACAGUAGCGCUACAAUCUCUCCUCAGCCGUGUUCAACAAGCCAAGGGAAUGUGGCCUCGUCUAGUUCGAGAGAUACGCCAAGUUCAACGAGGAGUUCCACUCCACCGUCAAGUUCAUUGGCUCCUGUUUUAAAGGAGAUUCCCGAGGAGCCAAAAGAGGUAUUACAAUACGAAGAAUGUCUUUUAUAUACCUAAGCUGGUAGUCAUAUAAAAUAAAAUUAUGACUUUUCUCUUUCUAGGUGAAAACGGAGAUCUUCCCAACCCCAAAUCUACUGAAUUCCCCCAUGAAUUCAAUGCUGCAAUCAUUUCUGAAGAACAUCCACGAAAAUCACACGCCACAAAUCGAGCUUCCCAAGUCCGCCUUUAUCCAGAAUCUCUUCAACCUAGCCAACCAGGACCAACAACUUAGUUCAGGAUCAAACUAG